CGAGCACAGCCGGCCAAGCAGCGGACCUGUGCCAUAACUCUCAUAUUUCUCUGCGUUACGCAUAACUACUACAUAAAUAAUAAGUAAUCAGCGAACCCGAAACUUGUAGCGAGUGGUGGAUCACCAGGACGCGCACACUAACUGUUCAGCACACCCUCUGCGCAGAGGCUCCAAAAAAGCUGCCACAAAUGCUGCGCCGCGCGCUGCUCGCCGCCGCCGCGGCAACAGCAACACAAACGACGCCGACGCCGGACAUUAUUGACUUAGACGCCAACAUCACAAACACGCUAGCAACCCAUGAGGUCGCCGUCGUCAACUUCUACGCGCCCUGGUGCGCGCACUGCAUCCGAUUUGAAGGAGAGUACGCAUUAGCCGCGUCCAAAGUACCACUAGUGACAUGGGCGAGGCUCGAUUGUGCCCUACACAGAGAAACAUCAGAAGCUCAUAACGUCGAGGGCUACCCCCACGUCAAGUUGUAUCGUCAUGGGCGUUUCGCGAUGGACUACGAGGGCCCGAACGAGGCCCACCAGCUCGCGCGGUGGGUUCAAAGGCGCUCCACGCCACACGUUGAUGAGUUGAAGGAUUGGUCUGACGCACGACCGUUCCUCGCGUCGCUGUUUGGUGACGACAACAGCAAGGGCGUGCGCGGGUUGGUUGUGGGCGUCUUCGCGUCGAAUGCCUCAGAAACAGCUCAGACCUUCGCACGCGUCGCGAGUGGCGACGACGGCGACGAUCUGAGUUUUGCGCUCACAACAAAACCCGAGCUCGUGGCGCAAGCCCUGCGCGAGCGGGACCACACCAUCGCUCUAGACAUGAACGAGGACCGCGUCCACGUUUUGUCAUCUACGGGCGAUGACGUCAAGACUAUGACAGUGGACUCGUCAACGACUCCUAGAACGAUCGCCGCCUUCGUCAACAGUGCGCUCGAGCCGGCCGUGACGCGCUUCGACUCGUCGACGGCGGCGCAUUUGUUUCAUGGUAUGCGCGGGCCGCGCGUCCAUUCAUUACUAUUCGUCGACGAGGCCUCGAAGAAAGGUGAAGGCGUCGCGGACGCGUUCGCGGCCUUGGCAGCGGACGAACGCUUGAAAGUGAGGCACGUCAUUGUUCCAUCCUCGGAGGCUCGCGUGCUGAAGCAUUUCGACCUGAACUCGGGCUUCGACCUGCCGACGGUCGUCCUGUGCGACCUGCGCGGUCUAGCUCCCUCGGUCGGCGACGACGAAGUCGUGCUCGACGAUUCUAGAGAUGCCCAUGUCCAUGCGAAGAAGGCCUUCGCUUACAGAUUGCGGGACUGGCACGCGUCAAAUAGAGUGGAUCGGGCCACGCUCCAGUCCUUUUACGCCGCGUUCUUCGAUGGCAACCUUACGACGCCGUUCCUUCGGUCACAACCCAUCGUCGGGUCCUUGGACGACGCACCAAUGAGAGCGCGAGAAGCAUCUGAAGAAGGUCGCGUCGUCACGCUCGUGGGCAAGACCUGGGACGUCGUCGUCGGGGCGGCGCGGAGGGACGACGACGACGACCGCGAUUUUCUCGUGCUCUUCCACGCGCCCUGGUGCGGCCACUGUAUUCAAUUAAUGCCCGUCUGGGCCCAGCUCGCCGAGCUGUAUCGGCGCGUGCAUUCCAUUGUGGUGGCGUCGGUGGACGCGACGCAGAACGAGGUUGCUUCUGUGGACAUCGACCAGUUCCCGUCCAUUUAUCUGUUUGACGCUCGAGGAAGUCCACCGGUAUUAUAUGAGGGCGCGCUCGACCUGGACGCUCUUUCCCGGUUCCUGAAGGCCAGAGGGACGCGGGCCUUCGACGUGGACGGGCUCCGGGGCGGCGGCGAGCUGCGGGACGAGCUCUAAAUUUUGGGGUUUGUGUCGUCUCCUACUAGAAGUAGAAACGACGGCGCGCGGCGCGUCCGAAUCUAAGUGGCGUAGCAUAUCGACGACGUCGCCGAG